CUUCACGCUUUACUCACGGAAGUAAAUAUGGCAAAGUUAUUAGGGUUGGAUAAACUCGCGACGUUAUUCCGUACGAUACGCGACCAUGGUGGUAUUAUCGGUUCCGUCAAAACGAUUUUCAGGGUGGACGAGUUGAAGAGUGGUACCUUGGUCGGAGAAGACAAGUAUGGCAAUCGAUACUAUGAGAAUAAUAUGCACUUUGUAGGUCGUAACAGAUGGGUGAUAUACGCAGAUAAAGUUGGAAUGAAUUAUGAUGGUUCACAAAUCCCACCUGAAUGGUUCGGUUGGAUGCAUUACAAGACAGAUUUGCUACCAGACAAAGAUCCGUCUCGACCAAAGUAUAAAUGGAUGAUGGAUCAUCAACAAAAUAUGAGUGGCACAAAUCAAGCUUACAUGCCUUAUAGCACCACAAAACCAAAGAUUGAACCUUGGCGGCCACCACAGUGAUCUUUGUUGGACCAGCAGUGAGACAUAAAGAGUAAAGUAGUUAGUUCAUAACUAUAGUUACAUAAAAUAUUACUCAAUGUAAAUAAAAUUACUAUCAAGAGAUAAAAAGAUUGUAGAUAUUU